AUGGCGCGGCUGAAUUUGUCUUUGGUCAUUCUACUUCUCUACGCAGUAAUGGUUCUGUGCGCGGACAAUGACACCACUUCCACCACCCCAAGUCCGGUGACGACCCCAAAGCCCCCUCCUCCGCCGUCGAACCCUGCUGCUGGGAUCGUGUCCAAAGCGGUACACCUUAUGGUCCAAGUGCCGAAAAUGAUAGCAACGACGUGUUCAGAUGCUAUUGCAAGUUUCCUCAAAAUGCUCGUAGACGUGCCAUUGGCAUUAGUAGAAGCCUUCAGGGAUUUGUCAGUGUCCGGACGCUCGUUUUUAAGUCCCGAUGCAAGUCCCGGUGCCGACACCAAUGAAGUUGAUAAUGACAAUUUUAAGUGC